AAACUAGUUGCGCGGAAGUAAUUUCUAGUAAUUCUAUGUAGUAACAUAAGAAAAACUAUGCACGCUGCUUAAAUAACAAGGACGCAACGGUAGCAUCUAAACAUAGAGGUCGUAGUAACAGAAAAUGGAUUAUGACUUCAAAAGUAUGAUGAAUGAGAAAAGACAGAAAGUUGAAGAUUUAUUUGACUUUGAAGGGUCAAAAGUUGGCAGGGGUACUUAUGGUCAUGUCUACAAAGCAAAAGCCAAAGAUUUAAAAGAUACAAAAGAAUACGCUCUUAAAGAAAUAGAAGGAGCAGGUAUAUCUAUGUCAGCUUGCAGAGAAAUAGCAUUGCUUCGUGAGCUGUCUCAUCCAAAUGUUAUCAAUCUGAGAAGAGUUUUUUUAUCUCAUGCUGACAGGAAAGUGUGGCUUCUUGUUGACUAUUCAGAGUAUGACUUGUGGCAUAUUAUAAAAUUUCACCGAACCUCUAAAGCUCAUAAAAAAUCUGUUGCUGUUCCUCAAAGUAUGGUAAAAUCUCUUCUUUAUCAAAUACUUGAUGGGAUACAUUAUUUGCAUGCAAAUUGGGUGCUUCAUAGAGAUCUGAAACCAGCAAACAUUCUUGUAAUGGGUGAUGGGUUUGAAAGAGGGACUGUUAAAAUUGCCGAUAUGGGUUUUGCCAGAUUGUUUAAUGCUCCUCUAAAACCACUUGCUGAUCUUGAUCCAGUUGUUGUCACUUUUUGGUACAGAGCUCCAGAGCUACUUCUUGGUGCUCGACAUUAUACAAAAGCAAUUGAUAUAUGGGCGAUUGGUUGUAUUUUUGCUGAACUUCUUACGUCAGAGCCCAUCUUUCAUUGUAGACAAGAAGAUAUAAAAACAUCUACUCCUUAUAACCACGAUCAAUUAGAUAGGAUAUUUUCAGUGAUGGGAUUCCCACAAGAAAAAGAUUGGCCUGAUAUUACCAAAAUGCCUGAACAUUUAACUUUGAUGAAAGAUUUCAAAAAAGCAAAUUAUGGUUGUAGUUCAUUGGUUCGGUACAUGGAAAAACACAAAGUUAAAGCUGACUGCAAAUCUUUUCAACUUCUUACAAAACUUCUUACAAUUGAUCCCUUAAAAAGAAUAUCUUCUGAUGUUGCACUUAAAGAUCCUUAUUUUUCUGAAGAACCACUUCCUACAAGAGAUGUGUUUUGUGGUUUACCAAUUCCUUACCCCAAGAGAGAUUUUAUAGCUGAAGAUGAUAAUGAUACAAAAUCAAAUAAAAGUAGUUUAGCAAGAGUCAGUACAGGUGGAAAUACUAGUGAUGCAAAAAGAGUAAGAGUCAUGCAGCCAGGACAACAACCAAAUCAGCAGUGGUUUACUCAUCACCAGCCUUCCUCACAGCAGCAAGCUUCAGUACAACAACAAUCUUCUCAACCACAGCAACAAAUCAUUUUUACAUCAAAUCCUUCUGCUACUAUGCAUUACACGGUAUCAUCUGCACAAAACUUGCAUCGUUACUAAAUACUUUUCUACUAGAUUCUUUAAAAACUUUCAUUUCUUCAAGAAACUUUUAGAGCCUCUAAAUCCUAAUUGGGCUAGCAAAGAGUUUUAUAACUUAUAUUUUUUUUACAAGUUAUAUAUUUUUUUCUGAUCUUUAUUUAUAAUUGUAAAUACUCAAACAUAUUUUGAGAGUAUAUUUUAAAAAAU